GUGAAUUGUGAAGGGUGAAUUGAACAUUUCAUCGGGUUGAAAGCAUCGCCGAACACUACCUGGUAUUGAAUGCCAAUCCUCCUCUACACACCAGCAAUGGCUCUCUUGUUUUAAUUUUCCCAUACAUCCACAGCCGCAUUUCGUCAUGAUCCCUCCCUGUGCUUAUUUCCCAUAUCAUUCACAGCCAUAAGUCCACUCACCGAACAUAUCGCUCUCCUUCUCCAUCAUUUAGCAGUCCACCAUGGCGAGGCAGAAGCUGUGGAUCAGUCUCAGGAAGCCGAAAAUCCGCCAAUCCUGGAAUAAAUACAACCUUUACAACCUCUCACGCCUCGCGAUCCCUUCUCCCCCCAGCGCGACUUACUUCCAGCAGAAAUGGUCCGCGAAAGCCAUCAGUCGCCCAUACCAUGGCGGGCAGGUCCGAGAGAAACAGUGGGCGCGAAUGUUCUCCCGCCGCAUGCCUUCGGUCCAGCCGAUGGACUACAGAUACCUGGCGGAAAGCGAUGGGUCGCAAGAAAGUGCUGGGCGAGGAUCGGGUGAAGAGCUGGCGCAAAAACCCCGAUCUCCGCGCGAAGCGACACCCUACAUGCAGAUGGUGUAUCACCAACUGGAGCGUCGUCUAGAUACGGCGGUUUUUCGAGCCAUGUUCGCUAGUAGCAUCCGUCAAUCCCGCCAAUUCGUUGCGCGAGGUCUGGUCAAGGUCAACGGGCAGAAGAUGCCGUAUCCUGGGUAUAUGUUGAACCCCGGCGACAUGUUUUCCCUCCCCCCCGACCUCGUCAUGUUCGCAACGGGACAGCAGAAACCACCGACGAAAUCCCUCCAGCAACGCACUCGGGCACGGGCGAAGCCAAGAAUCAAUGUCGAUGCGGCGGAUGCCGAGAUGCGUGCCGUGGUUGAUCAAAUGGCAGCUCUUGGAAAAGACAUGGACACGUUUCGAUCUUCCCAUCCGGACCUUCCUCCUCCGUGGAAAGCGGAAUUAUUCGCCCUUGGUUGCCUUGCGAGAAGGGCCACGAAUAAUCCCGGGGUGACCCCCCAAGUCCGUGUGGAUAUCCUCGGCCAGCUUAACGCCAAUUUCGAUUCACUCAAGGCCGUAAAAGACUUUUCGUCCGCUUCGCCUGCGCAAACCCAAGCGCCUCUGAAGAAGGGCUGGGAGCGGAGAAAGCGACUCAUAGUUCGUCGCUGGAUGGAGGGAACCGCCGAGCCCCAGCCUGCGUCCACCAAUCCCAUCACGUUCAGCAAACCAUACCGGACACCAUGGAUGCCGAGAGAUUAUAUGAGCGCUUUCGCCUUCAUUCCCAGAUAUCUGGAAGUCAAUCAAAACGUGUGCUCGGCAGUCUACUUGCGGGAUCCCGUUGCACGACCGGGGUUGGGAGAGGUACCGACACCUUUUCCCACCAAAGUCAGCCAGUUGGCUUUUAAUUGGUACUUGCGGAGGCGUUAAGAUGGAUUUGGACCCGUUGGAGGGAUGUACGAUAUCGAGCCGGUGUUCGCAUACAUCUUGAUAGACUACUCGGACUUGGGGUAUUCCCGGGUCACACUGUACAAAUGCACUCCGUUAACGAGCGUGGAUCUCGAAGUGACCUUUUCAUUUUGGCUACGCUAACUAUGAUACCUCUCCAUCCUCUGAUUCUGCAUUGGCAUGCGGUACUGCAGCAUCGUCUAGCCGUCCGCCCGAAGAACCAGGCGCGGCUGGACUCAUCCGGGC